AUGAAUCAUUCGCAGUUGUCCGCCCGAGGUUCAUCUAAUGUCGCGUCGAUCACACCUUCAAUGAGAAGAAAGAUAAUCGACGGCAGCGGUUCUGACACUUCCGACAUCGACCUCUCCACGGAUGAAAAUUACCUUUUGCGAGAGGAGCUAACCACUAUCUGUAAAGCAGCAGUUCAUGAUGGAUUGCACUCCCAGCACUUUUCCCGCUUACAAGGCUUUGCCGGAGAUCCCGCUCUUCUGGGAAGCCUGGCGCUGUUACUUAACAACUAUUUUAAUCCACACGAACCUGUCAGACCUCAUCAUAUAGUCACAGCGCCAGGGGCAACAAGCUGCCUUGAUGCGUUGCUAUAUAACAUUUGCGACCCUGAAGACGGUGUGUUAGUGCCAGGACCAUUCUGGCACGGGGAUGAGGUGAAAUUCCGAGCUCGUUCAUCUGUUCGGCCGAUUCUUGUCAACGCGGGGAAAUUCACAAAUAAUUUCACAAUGAAACUGAUACCCGCAUUAGAGGAUGCGAUGGAUAAGGCCACAUGCACAAUAAAAGCACUCAUUAUAACAAAUCCACAUAAAUUUUACGGGCUAUGCUACCCACUGGAGGUCUUGGAAGCCUGUUUAAUAUUUUGCCAGCAGCGGGGAUUACACUUCAUAUCUGAUGAAGGGUACGGGAUGACCUCAUAUUCCGUUGCGGAUGAUAUUGAGCCCGAGCCAUUCAUCUCAGCCUUGGCUUUGGAUACCGAAUUAUUAGAGUGCGACCGGUCUCGCAUCCACGUUAUAUGGAGUAUCAGCAAAGAUUUUGGCGCGAGUGGGUUUCGAGUGGGCUGUAUAGUAACACAAGAUAACAGAGAUCUCACCGCUGGACUGGCAGUUGCAUCCAAUGCUCAGGUCUCAUCGUUAUCCGCAAUAUUUACAGCGAAACUCCUUUCCUCACCCAAACUACCCUUUUUGGUCGCAUUGAACUCAGCUCGGUUGGCAGAAUCAUAUAUCCUCAUCACCUCAUUUUUCAUCCGCCAUCACAUUGAAUACAUCCCGGUAAAUGCAGGAUUAAACAUACUUACAAGACUGGCUCCAAGAGCAAAAACGUGGGAGGAUGAAUCAGAAAUGAUUACUCGGCUGAAAAACGCAGGGGUGUUGGUUCGAGGUGGUGGAGGUUAUCACGGCACACAAAUGGAAAAAGGAUGGGUACGAAUAUCCUUUGCUCUCGAGGAGGAACGGCUUCAAGAAAGUCUCCGCAGAAUCAAAGUGGCACUUCAUAUAGAGUAG